CACAAAUACAACAAUUGUAUAUUUAUACUAUGAACGUGUUUAUAUAGUGUUAAUAGUAAUAAUAGGUAUGUAUACACGUUCAAACACUUUCUUUCAGUGUGUGUAGUUAGUUUAAAAUAUGACUGGAGCAAAGGCACCAGCUCUUGCUCUGUCCCUCAGCUUAGUGGACAAGUAUAGCGAGGGUCAAUUAAGUGCUUUCGAUAGAAACGAUGACGAGGAUAGCGAGGGAGGUAGUGAGGAGGAGGCAGGUGGAACGACUGAGUUAGAUCCGGAACGGUGCAAUAUGUUCAUAUCCAUCGAUAGUAACAAAGGGUUCGAUGCAAAGCUAAAAAUUACUGCAAUCAGUUCGACAAAUAUCUUGAACUUGCUGAUAUAG